UUACAAUGUGGCUCCCCAUCCUGGUAGCAGUGUUGGUUCUAAUCUUCUGGUACAGAUGGCACAGACAGAGCCAGAUACUUGAGAAUUUAUCGGAUAAAUAUGUACUGAUUACUGGAUGUGAUUCUGGAUUUGGGAACCUAUUGGCAAAGCAGCUGGACCGGCGAGGACUACUAGUACUGGCAGCUUGUCUGACAGAGAAAGGGGCUGAGGAUCUGAAGAAAGAGACAUCCCGCAGACUUCAGACAGUUAUACUUGAUGUCACAGACAGCCAGAGUGUCAGUUCAGCUGUCAAGUGGGUCACUAGUGUUGUUGGUGAUAAAGGACUGUGGGGACUGGUGAAUAAUGCUGGUGUGUCUCUCCCAACUGCACCAAAUGAAUGGCUGACUAAGGAGGAUUUUUUUAAAAUCUUGAAUGUUAACUUAUUAGGCGUUAUUGAUGUCAGUCUCAAAAUGCUACCCCUCAUUAAAAAAGCUAAAGGACGUUUAGUGAAUGUAGCGAGUGUUGCCGGAAGGCUGACUUUCUGCGGGGGAGGAUACUGCAUGUCUAAAUAUGGAGUGGAAUCAUUCUCCGACAGACUUCGGGUUGAAAUGAUCCCAUUUGGUGUGAAGGUAUCUAUUGUGGAGCCUGGCUUCUUUAAAACACAGGUGACAGAUGCAAAUCUACAAAAGGAACAAUUGCGAAAAAUCUGGGCGCGUCUUCCAGAGGAAACCCGAAAAAGUUAUGGUCAACAGUACCUUGACAAAUAUUGCAGCACCCUUGAAACCGUUCUGUCAAUGUCCAGUGCGAAGCUGUCCUUGGUCACAGACUGCAUGGAGCAUGCGCUGACCGCAGUGUAUCCCUGGAGCCGUUACUCUGCAGGCCUGGAUGCCAAGAUCCUGUAUCUACCCCUGUCUUACUUUCCUACUGCAAUAGCAGAUUUUGUCAUGAAUUUAACCUACCCUAAACCAUCACAAAGUGUAUAACUGCUUCCUAUGUCUUAAAACCACCUCAGUUACGUGUUGCAGCCAGCAAAAAUCUAUACACAUUUUUGAGAAUAGCUGAGAAAUUCCACCGAUGUUAACUGUUUCUAGGUUACAGAGUAAAUAAAAACGAAUAAGUUAAUUUAAAAUGAUUGCUUGGCAGAAAAAAUAAUAGGUAUGUCUACAGAUAACCAUUACAUUUGUCAUCAUGAUUUAUAGCACAUGUGAAAGAUUUGCGGACGAAUCUCCUAUCCUCGUCUUUGACUAUCGUGAAUAAAGAACAAAAAUGUGUAUUUUACAAAUACCACAGGGUCUGAUGCAACAGGUCUCAGACACAAUAUAAUUUUUUUGUAAAAAACUCACAUGAUAUGACCGUCGUAUUGUAUUAAUAGCUCAUAAAUCCUAGUUUAGGCUGGUCCAACACAUGUGUUGAAUAAAUAACAGAAUUAUAGUAUAAAAGUAACAACUAGGACAAGAGGGUAAAAAAUGUAGGUGUAAUAUGUCUAGGUAUAAUUUGAGAAUGUAUACCUUCUGUGAGGAAAAAAAUGGAUUUGUUGUUUCUGAACACAAGAAAAUUAUAAUUUCAGUUACACACAAUGAAGAGACCUCUGAUCUUCUGAAGGUUUAUGUGGCUUUACAUCUUAUUCAACACUGACCCAAUAAAAGGAAA